AUGCCGUUUGGCUGGCUAAAAGGCGAGGAGAAGCCAAAAGUAGACACAAGCGAAUUUCACGUCCCUGAAAGCUACCGUGGGUCCGAGGGACCGCGGUUUAAAGUCUUAGAAAACAAAGACGACUAUGAAGUUCGCUUAUACGAAAGCUCACACUGGGUAAAGACAAGAUUCGAAGAGGGAAACCUUGAAAACUGCUCAAGCACCGGAUUUUGGCGUCUGUUCAACUACAUAAGAGGCGAGAACGAAGGAGGGCAAAAGAUAGCCAUGACAGUUCCGGUUUCUUCACACGUCGACCUCGACGACGAUGGCAAUUGUAAGGGUUUCACGAUGGGUUUUUACACGCCCGCCGAGCAUCAGGCCAACCCCCCUAUUCCCAAAGAUAAAUCAGUGUUUCACGAAAAAGACGAGGGUCUUGUCAUGUAUUCAAGGCACUUCGGCGGCUUUGCUAAGGAGAAAGAUUGGCGUGAAAAUUAUCAACAGCUGAAGCAGUCCCUCGACAGAGAUGGCAAGGGGUAUGUAAAAAACAAGUACGUGACGGCGGGCCAUGACCCUCCGUUUCGAUUAUUUGGCCGUCACAAUGAGGUUUUGGUCUUGGCAGACCUACAGCCAUCUGCAGAAGGCAAGAAACAAGGCCAAGAAUAG